CGGCAGAACACCAUCCUGGAGAAGUUCAAAGAGAAAACAGCCAUAGUUGCCCCUAAAAAGAAAAGAAGUGAACUUGCAAACAGCGUUGUGGUGAGUGUUCCCGUGCCGUGCUGGUGAGCCGUCAGGAUGAGGCCCGGUCAGCUGAUCCUCCUCCUCUCCGCCGCUCUCCUCUUCCUCCUGUCAGGAUUGUCUCUGACCUCCGGCUGCAACAAAGCUCUCUGCGCAAGCGACGUCAGCAAGUGUCUCAUUCAGGAACUGUGCCAGUGUCGUCCGUCUGAUGGAAACUGCUCCUGCUGCAAAGAGUGCAUGCUGUGUCUGGGGAAUCUUUGGGAAGAGUGCUGCGACUGCGUGGGAAUGUGUAACCCCAAGAACUACAGCGACUCUCCGGCCACGUCGAAGAGCACCGUGGAGGAGCUGCACCGUCCGAUCCCGUCGCUGUUCCGCGCCCUCACAGAAGGCGACGCGCCCAUCAACAUGAUGGUGGUGUCCUUCCCCGUCGCAGAGGAGCUCUCCCAUCACGAGAACCUGGUCUCCUUCUUGGAGUCGCUCGACCCCCAGCCUCAGAACGUGUCCGUGCCCGGGAACAGCAUCCACGCCAGCUACGACACUCAAGAAAACAUGUGCACAGUGGUCUACUUUGACGACUGCGUGUCUAUCCGCCAGUGUAAACUAUACUGUGAGUCAAUGGGAGGAUCCAAGUACCGCUGGUUUCACAAUGCUUGCUGCCAGUGCAUCGGACCCGAGUGUGUGGACUACGGCAGCAAGGCCGUCAAGUGCAUGAACUGUCUCUUCUGAAGUGCGGGCACAUAUUGGUACCAAAUGUCUGGACCUUACCAGAGGACUGAGGGCAGAGGAAACUAUGACUGUGAUGUGUUAGCAUUCCUCAGUUACCUUGUAAAAUACCCCCCUUCACCCUGUUCCUACCCCUGCAAAUUGUUUUUAUUCUGCUGUUAUGUUUCACUGUAUAUUUUUAGAUAUGUUUUCAAUAGUGUUUUUUACUAGAGGUGUAUAUGAAUAAUGUAUUUUUACAAUUAUGGUCUGCUAAA